CACACACCGCAGAACUCUCAGUGCCACGGACAUCAUGGAGAAGUCUAGAUUUUCAGGCAAUAGUUUACCAUGUGGCUUAAAUUCCAGCCCUGCCAUGCAAACAAGAGAAAGAGGAGGAGACCAUGUUACAGACAGCAAGUCCCAAGCCACCACAAACCUUAAAGAGACAGCGUGUCUCGAGGAGGAAAGGAAGAAAGAAAAUAAAGGCAUAAAACAUGAAGCAGGCUGUGCUAAACAAACCCGGAAGUGUCCAUUUGAGGCCUAUUUAGUAAAGUGCACACAAUUAGAGAAGGAAAACCUAGAGGUUAAAAAGAAGCUUAAAAAGAUGGAGAAAUAUUCCAGAGAAUGCAAAUCAGAGCGGCAAAGAUUUGUGGAGAGGUUUAAAGAGUUUAAAAACAUCAACAAAGACCUGGACACAAGUAACAAACAACUUCUCAUUAAAAACCAGCAAAUGAGGCAAAGAAUUACAGAGGUCUUAAAGCAGAACGGACUUCAGUCUGAAGAUCUGGAGACCGUCUCGUGCGGUGAACACUGGGAGAAGCAGCAACUAAGAGAAACACUCGUUGUUCUCCAAGACCAGGGAAAGAACUUAACCGAACCAGUCAGGGAAUCUCAAAGAAUGAAACGGGAUUCAGAAAUAGUCGAAGAGAGGAAGAUAACGCAGGUUCAACAGGAAAACCAGACUCUAAGAGAGAGACUGGACCACAUCAGUCAGGUCAUAAAAGAUGCUGAAAGUAGAGCAGAGAGAGUUGAGGAGCAGCUGGAUGAAGCAGAAUGUUGCCUGCUCACUGUAGAGACUGAGAGGAAUCUACUGCGUCAGGAAGUAAAGAGACUCCAUCAGGAAUAUAUCAGCCUUACUAACAGCAUCUCACUGCAGCUGAAAGGAAACAACAAAGCUGCCGCUCUCAGGAAACCCCACCACAGCACAGCACAGUCCACCACCUCAGCAUCCUAUAAGUAA